UCCGCCCGCCGCGAAUGGAGGCCCUUCUGCCGCCGGCGGCUGUCUUGCCGAGGAAGGCCGGCGGCGGCGAUGCUGGCGCUGGGGCUGCUGUGGCGGGCGCUCGGUAGCGCGGGCUAUGCGGACGCGGCGCGCGGGGGCGGGGGCGAGAGCGGGCGGGCCGCCGCCAUGGCGCCGGAGCAGGGGCGGGCGCCGGAGGCCUACGAUCUCAUCCGCACCAUCCGCGACCCCGAGAAGCCGAACACGCUGGAGGAGCUGGAGGUGGUGAGCGAGAGCGGCGUGGAGGUGGCCGAGAUCGGGCCGGGCGAGAGCCUGAUCACCAUCCGGUUCACGCCCACCGUGCCCCACUGCUCGCUGGCCACGCUCAUCGGGCUGUGUUUGAGGAUCAAACUUCAGCGAUGUUUACCUUUCAAGCACAAGGUAUGUCGUUUGUGUUUUUCUCUUCAUUGAAGUGUGAGGUAGGUUCUCCCGGAAGACCCCUGUUGAUGGCACUGCUUGGGCUAUAUAAGAAUAGCAGGGUGGCAGGUGACAGCUUGCAUGUCCUCAUCCUGCAGGAAAGAGGUU